AUGCUGCAGAGCCAUGAUCCACGGUCGUCUAUCAUCUGUUCUCAAGAUGACUGCAUACUGCAGGAUCGUGGCGAGGUGAUCUUUUUUGCCUCUCAAAACUGGGUGCGUCAAGAUCUGGGUCAGCAGACGGAUGGGAGUCUGAGACCAAAGAGACGUAGUACCAUCAACCAAGACUGUUUCACAACGGCCAUUUUUGCUUUAAAGAGUGCAGGGAUUAAAUCUGUCGGUACUUUCGACUUCCUCAAUCCUCGGCGUGAGGAAGUCUACCUCCGUGGGCUCGAGGACCUCAGAGCCAUGAAUCUUAUCGAUGAAAACGGAACCAUCACUCCAUCUGGCACAGCCGCCUUCACGCUUCCCAUCGAUCUCGUCUGGCACAACGCAUUCGAGGAGGCCAUCAAGCUUGGCUGCCUAUCUGAACUCAUCGACAUCGCUGCUCUCGUGAGCGUAAAGAGCAUCUGCCUGAUACCACCCGAGACACUACAUGCAGCCGACGUGUUACACGAACAAUUCAUGGACCCCUUGUCGGAUCAUUUGUCAGAGCUCAACGCUCUAAGAGUUGGCAAUCUGGUGUCACGAAACAUUCCUGUUGCGGCGUCACUAGAAGAGGCCUUGGAGCUGCGACAGAAGUUGAUCCAAUGGUGCAAAGAAAAACUUGGCGUCUCUGAAAUCUCAUUUUUAACCCCGCAUGACAAAGACUACCACGUCAAGAUCCGCAAAGCCAUCGCCAAAGGUUUCGUUCACCACGCUGGGAUCAAAGAUGUUUCUUGCCAUCAACGUCAGUACCUCACGCUGGAGAACAAUCCCGUCUUUCUUUUUCCCCGCAGCGCUCUUGGGACAGAUUGGCAGUGGGUUGUGUAUCACAGGAUUGAGACUUUUGACUACCAGUACAUGGAUCGAUGUACUGUUGUAGAACAGGAUUGGCUUUUGGAAAACGAUUAUUUCUAUCCCAUCAACUUGCCCAAAGAUGACAAUGGGAAGGUUCGAGUAGAGAUGCUCCGAAUUCUCUUCGACAGGAUGGACCGACCAUACCAACCAUGA